AAAUGUGUGGGUGGGGAGGGCUAGAGGGUGAGGCGCCCAGGUUCCUGACACAGACUACACCCAGGGAACAAAGACCAAGCGCCAUGUUGAAGCCCUCAUUGCCACUGAGCUCCCUCUUAUUCCUGCAGCUGCCUCUGCUGGGGGUGGGGCUGAACUCAACGGUCCUCAAGCCCAGUGGAAAUGAAGACACCACAGCUGAUUCCUUUUCGACCUCUGAGACCCUUGAGUCUCUUAACAUUUCCACCCUGCCCCUCCCAGAAGUUCAGUGCUUUGUGUUCAAUGGCGAGUACAUGAAUUGCACUUGGAAUAGCAGCUCUGAACCCCAGCCUACCAACCUGACUCUGCAAUAUGGGUACAAGAACUCUGAUAAUUAUAAAGUCCAGGAGUGUGGUCAUUAUAAGUUCUCAAAAGAGAUCACAUCUGGCUGUUGGCUGCCAAAAAGCGAGAUCCGUCUCUAUGAAACAUUUGUUGUCCGGCUCCAGGACCCACGAGAACCCAGGAGGCAGAUGGAACAGAAGCUAAAACUUCAGAAUCUGGUGAUCCCCUGGGCUCCAGAGAAUCUAACACUUCGCAACCUGAGUGAAUCCCAGCUAGAGCUGAGCUGGAAAAACAGAUAUGCCUUGGACCACUGUUUGCAGCAUUUGGUGCAGUAUCGGAGCGACUGGGAUAGCAACUGGACUGAACAACAAGUGGAUCACAAACAGAGCUUCUCCCUUCCUAGUGUGGAUGGGCAGAAACUGUACACAUUCCGGGUCCGGAGCCGCUUUAAUCCACUCUGUGGAAGUGCUCAGCAUUGGAGUAAAUGGAGCCACCCAGUCUAUUGGGGAAGCAAUAUUUCAAAGGAGAAUCCUUGGCUGUUUAUAACGAAAGCUGUGCUUAUCCCUGUUGGCUCCAUGGGAUUGAUUAUUAGUCUCUUCUUUGUGUAUUGCUGGCUGGAACGGACAAUGCCUCGAAUUCCCACCCUCAAGAACCUAGAGGAUCUGAUCACUGAAUACCAUGGGAAUUUUUCGGCCUGGAGUGGUGUGUCUAAGGGACUGGCUGAGAGUCUGCAACCAGACUACAAUGAACGGCUCUGUCAUGUCAGUGAGGUCCCCCCAAAAGGAGAGGCCCCAGGGAGGGGCCUGGGGACUUCUUUGGUCAGCCCUACAGGGUUCCUCCAUGUUACACCUUGAAGUCCAAAACCUGAGCCCCAGUUUCCUGACAAAAACUCAACAUCCCAUAGCACUAUGUGUUACUAACUCCCUUUCAUUCAUCCCUCCCUUCCGAUGAAAUGUUCAAUGUGCAUCCCAUCCUUUAGCUAAUGUUGGAUUUGAUGCCCCAUGUAAUUGCCCUUUUAUUCAGUAUCCCCCACUUGAGAAAUGCCCUAUGCAAGUUUCUUAUCUUCCCCAGUCUGACCUUUCCUUUUUACAGGCUUCUUUCUUCCUCCUUCCCUUCCUUGUACCACCUAUCCUUCAAUUGUUCCAGAAUCAAUGAGAAAUAAAAUUUCUGUUGAGAAUCAUCAAGAA